AUGAAGGCUCUCAUUCUUGUCGGAGGGUUUGGUACCCGUCUCCGUCCGUUGACAUUGACCCUUCCCAAACCCCUGGUGGAAUUUGGGAACCGUCCUAUGAUUCUGCACCAAGUCGAGAGCUUGGCUGCUGCUGGUGUCACGGAUAUUGUCCUGGCUGUUAACUAUCGUCCGGAUGUCAUGGUUUCGGCACUCAAGAAGUACGAAGAACAAUACAAUGUUAAGAUCGAGUUCUCCGUCGAGUCCGAACCCCUGGGCACUGCCGGUCCUCUGAAGUUAGCGGAGAAGAUUUUGGGCAAGGACGACUCUCCAUUCUUUGUUCUAAACUCCGAUGUCAUCUGUGAUUAUCCUUUCAAGGAGCUGGCUGAGUUCCAUAAGAAGCACGGUGACGAAGGUACCAUUGUUGUUACCAAGGUUGACGAGCCCUCUAAGUAUGGUGUCGUUGUUCACAAGCCCAACCACCCCUCGCGCAUCGACCGUUUUGUCGAAAAGCCUGUUGAAUUCGUUGGCAACCGUAUCAACGCCGGUAUCUAUAUUAUGAACCCUAGUGUGCUGAAUCGCAUUGAGCUGCGCCCGACCUCCAUUGAGCAGGAGACAUUCCCCGCUAUUUGCAAGGACGGACAGCUUCACUCCUUUGAUUUGGAGGGCUUUUGGAUGGACGUUGGCCAACCGAAGGACUUCCUCAGCGGUACCUGUCUAUACCUCACUUCCCUCGCCAAGCGCAACUCCAAGCUACUCGCACCCAACUCCGAACCCUACGUGUACGGUGGCAAUGUUAUGGUUGACCCCUCCGCCAAGAUUGGCAAGAACUGCCGCAUUGGUCCCAAUGUAGUCAUUGGUCCCAACGUCGUGGUCGGUGAUGGAGUUCGUCUGCAGCGUUGUGUGCUUCUAGAGAACAGCAAGGUCAAGGACCAUGCCUGGGUUAAGUCGACCAUUGUCGGAUGGAAUAGCUCCGUAGGCAGAUGGGCUCGUUUGGAGAAUGUCACCGUGCUGGGUGACGACGUUACUAUCGCAGACGAAGUCUAUGUUAAUGGUGGAUCCAUCCUUCCUCACAAGAGCAUCAAGCAGAACGUUGAUGGUAAGUGA